CGAGAGUGUGUAUGGUGAUGGUGAAAGAGUGAGGGGAAGUGGACAGAAGAAGCGAAAAUAAACGGGCGCAGUUCCAAUACAAUUUAUAUAUCGGGUGAACGGAAUCAUACGCCCAAGACGGCAGGGCAGGCAGCAAGCCAUUUUAAUCCUCGCGCUGCCAACUCAUCCCUGAAGGUCUUCUCCACCAUUCUCCUGCAGUAAUGUAUUUCAUUUCCUCGCAUAUGAGCAUCCGAAACAACCUGUUGCUUUAUUCGUGCACCUCGUGGAUUCGAAUUGCUACUAAUAGCAAGGACCGCAAAGUGCAAAAAAAAAAAAAAAAAAAAGAAAGGGCUUCAAGGAACUCAUCAUGCCCCCAUACGAACUCGCUUCACGCCAAAGAUCCCGCCAUCCAAAUAAAGCAGUCGCACUGCUGCGCUUACUGGUUUCCAAUCCUACAUCAUGAUCCUGCCGUCGUCAUUGUCGCUGCUGCUGCUGCUGCUGAGCAACACACAUCACGGCAACAAUCAAAGCGGUCGUGGCAGCAAUCGUCAAAGCAUCAAUCAUCAGAGCAGCUGCCUCGAUCCCAUCGCUUCUGCACCGUAGAUGACGUUGGCGCCGGAUUAGAUUCAGGCACAGAAGCAGGGACAGGUUUAAACAUGGACGAGAUCAGAUCAAUUGAGUGCUAGGCAUGCCCAUGCUCGAAGGGUUCGUCCAUUAGCUUCCUUCCCUACCGGCACCGACCGCGGAUGUAGUAGCGGAGCCCGAAGGGACAGCGACGAUGGAGUCGGCCGACACCAUGAACCACGAUGCAGUCAGGGCAGCGAAGGAAUAGA